AUGCCCAGGGAAGACAGGGCCACGUGGAAGUCCAACUAUUUUCUGAAAAUCAUCCAACUCCUGGAUGACUAUCCAAAAUGCUUCAUUGUCGGAGCUGACAAUGUGGGCUCCAAGCAGAUGCAGACCAUCCGUUGUUCUCUGCGUGGCAAAGCUGUGGUGCUGAUGGGCAAAAACACCAUGAUGCGCAAAGCUAUUCGUGGCCACCUUGAGAACAACCCUGCUUUGGAGAAGCUCCUGCCCCACAUUAAAGGAAAUGUGGGUUUUGUCUUCACCAAGGAAGAUCUGGCUGAAGUCAGGGACUUGCUGGUGGACAACAAGGUGCCAGCUGCUGCCCGUGCUGGAGCAAUUGCCCCAUGUGACGUGACUGUGCCUGCACAGAAUACUGGCCUGGGUCCCGAGAAGACUUCUUUCUUUCAGGCUCUGGGUAUUACCACAAAGAUUUCCAGGGGAACCAUUGAAAUCUUGAGUGAUGUCGGUCUGAUUAAGACUGGAGACAAGGUUGGUGCCAGUGAGGCCACACUGCUCAACAUGCUGAACAUCUCUCCCUUCUCCUUCGGACUCAUCAUCCAACAAGUGUAUGACAACGGCAGUGUCUACAGCCCUGAUGUGCUUGACAUCACUGAGGCUUCCCUGCAUGCCAGAUUCCUGGAGGGUGUGAGGAACAUUGCCAGCGUUUCUCUUGAGAUUGGUUAUCCCACUCUUGCCUCUGUGCCCCACACUGUCAUCAAUGGCUACAAGAGACUCCUUGCCAUUGCUGUGGAGACUGACUACUCCUUCCCCCUGGCAGACAAGGUUAAAGCCUUCCUUGCCGACCCAUCUGCCUUUGCUGCAGUGGCAUCCCCUGUUGCAGCUGAAACUGCUGCAGCUCCAGCCCCUGCGAAGGAGGAGGCUGCCAAGGAGGAGUCUGAGGAAUCUGAUGACGAUAUGGGCUUCGGGCUUUUUGACUAA